AAGAAAAAUUAAAAUUAAAAUAAUAAUAAAAAUAAAAUUUUUUUAAGGGUCUUCUAGAAUUCUCCGCGCUGUUUUUUAGAUUUGAGCAAGAAGUUUCUACACUUGUUUUCAUUCUUUAGUCUUCUUCAUAUACUCAAAACUCUUUCAAUCCAGCGGCAAAACCCUAACCCUAAUCCCCAAUUUCUCUCAAUGGCGAUAAUUUCCGAUUACGAGGAGCAAGAUACCAAGCCGCCAUCAUCAUCGGCGUCGUCAUCAAAGUCGGCACCGGCAAAGCCGUUUAAGGCGGUGCUUGAUCCUGCUAACCCUCUAGGGUUUCUCGAAGCGGCCUUCGAGUUUGUUGGCCGGGAAUCCGAUCUGUUCAAGAGUGAUUCGUUGAUUAAUGAUGUCAGUGCUGUUGUACGUAUGGUGAAAGAUAAGUUGGAAACGGAGGAGCGGAAGAAGAAAGUGGAGGUAGAAGCAGAGAAAGCGAAGGCGGCGGCGGAGAAGAAGAAGGUCAAGAAGGAGGAGGCUCCCGUUACUGCUUCUAAGGACGAGGUUAAAGAGUCUAAAGGGAAAAUAGUUAAGGAGACUAAGGAAGAGGAUGACAAGAAGGGUUCUAGAGUUCCCAACAAGAGCAAUGGCCUUGAUCUUGAGAACUACACAUGGGGUCAAUCACUACAGGAAGUCAGUAUUUAUAUUCCCGUGCCUCAAGGAACAAAAUCAAGGUUUAUUGUUUGUGAUAUAUCAAGGAACCGUCUGAAAGUUGGACUAAAGGGUCAGCCUCCAAUAAUUGAUGGAGAACUAUAUCGACCUGUGAAAGUUGAUGAUUGUUUCUGGAGCUUAGAGGAUCAGAAAUCCAUAUCUGUUCUCCUAACCAAGAAGGACCAGAUGGAAUGGUGGAAGUGCUGUGUGAAAGGUGAGCCUGAAAUUGACACGCAGAAAGCAGAACCUGAAAAUAGCAAGCUAUCAGAUUUGGACCCCGAGACACGAUCAACUGUGGAAAAGAUGAUGUUUGAUCAGCGACAGAAAUCCAUGGGUCUUCCAACAAGUGAUGAGACGCAGAAACAAGAGCUUCUCAAGAAAUUUAUGGCAGAGCAUCCUGAAAUGGACUUCUCGAAGGCGAAGAUAUCCUGAUAUGCUGGUAUUUUGCUUGACAGUGUUGUUGCUAAUUGGAUCAUAUUUCCUGGUGGGGAGAAGCUAAAUCAUCUUUUUUUGUCAAUGUCUUGUACUUUGCUCUGUUAUUGGGAUAGUGCAACCUUGGAAAUUUUGUGCAUUGAGCUGCUUAUAUCUGAUAGGUUUCUUUUUGAGAAACUUUGGGGGUUGUCUAGCCAUAAUUGGUUGUAACAGAUUACUAGAACUUUAGCUACUGGAUUUUACCAUAUUCAAUCAAACUUGCUUAUGCC